AGAGUCACCCAAAAUUAUAGGAGCCUCCAUCUCUCUCUCUCUCUCUCUCAAGAUCUUCUUGUUAGAGGAGAGAAAAAGAGGCUGAAAUUUGCUCAAAAUUUGUGUCCUCAUUUGCCCUAUCCAAUUUAUUCCUAUGAUCUUUUAACUAGUGUAACAUCUAUUGUCCACCAAAUUUCUAAAUCCCAUUAUUGUCAUUUUCUUGAAUUCCCUUUAUGUGGUUCUAGUUUACUUCAAGAUUUUUAACUCAUCAGAUUUAUCAGAUUUCAGAUUGCAACCCUUAGGUCUUGAUAUUAGUUUGGAUGUUCAUUUGAUUGACUUGGUGGAUAUUCAUUCAUCUAUAAAGAGGAACUAGCAAAGGAUUUUCCAAUGGGUGAUAUAGCGAAGGAUUUAGCCGCUGGGACUGUAGGCGGAGCAGCACAACUGAUCGUUGGUCACCCUUUUGAUACCAUAAAGGUGAAGCUUCAAAGCCAGCCUACUCCACUUCCAGGUCAGCUUCCAAGAUAUUCUGGUGCUAUAGAUGCUGUCCGGCAAACAGUAGCCGCGGAAGGUGCCAGAGGGCUGUUCAAAGGCAUGGGGGCCCCGCUUGCCACUGUGGCAGCCUUUAAUGCUGUGCUCUUCACAGUGAGAGGUCAAACAGAGGCGUUCUUGAGGUCUGAACCUGGAGUCCGUCUUACUGUGAACCAGCAAGUCGUUUGCGGGGCUGUUGCUGGAACUGCUGUGUCUUUUCUUGCUUGCCCAACUGAGCUGAUAAAAUGCAGAUUGCAAGCCCAGGGAGCAUUGGCAAGUGUAGGCUCAGCUUCUGUGGCAGUGAAAUAUGCAGGGCCAAUGGAUGUAGCAAGACAUGUUCUUCGAUCCGAAGGAGGUGUGGCCGGUCUCUUCAAGGGCUUGGGCCCCACCCUGGCACGUGAAGUACCCGGAAAUGCUGCUAUGUUUGGCAUGUAUGAAUUGCUAAAGCAGUACUUUGCAGGAGGCACAGACACUUCAGGGUUGGGAAGAGGUUCUCUUAUUGUAGCCGGUGGCUUAGCUGGCGGUUCCUUCUGGAUCUCCGUGUAUCCAACAGAUGUCAUCAAGAGUGUAAUCCAGAUCGAUGACUAUAAAAACCCAAAAUUCUCUGGCUUUUUCGAUGCUUUCAAGAAGAUCUUGGCAUCGGAGGGAGUCAAAGGCCUUUAUAAGGGCUUUGGACCUGCUAUGGGGCGUAGCAUUCCCGCAAAUGCUGCAUGUUUCUUGGCAUAUGAGAUGACUAGGUCUAGUCUGGGAUAAUUCAUUGUUGAUGGAGAAGGAUUUCGACAUUGUUAUUGGUUAUUCUUUGAACCUAACCUCUUCUGCUGAAUUCUGUAAAAGUCUAGUUUAACUUCCAGAGCAACUGUGCUUUAAAGUUUUGAACCAUUUUGUUCCACGGUAAAGAAAUAAAAUCUUUUCCAGUCCA